GCUCCUCCUCGUCGGCGCGGGAAGCUAUGCGGCUACGAGGAUGCCCGGGGGCAUUAAAAUUGAGCAGCGGAUGACAGUUUCUGGAAUUUGGGAGUUGAGCACGGCAGGUGCCAACUCACUGUCCUUCUUGCAGCCCGCUCGGGAAAUCGAAGGGAUCGGCCGCCCGAAAGCGACGCCAGCGCUGCGAGGCCAGCGGUCCCGAGUGGGUGCUGGAGAACAGGACACUACCGCAGUCCUCGAGAAAGCCAUGGAAGAAAAGAAGAAUGGGCACUCUGAGAAAGAGCACGAGCCGCAUGAGCCCCUGCCAGAUGAUGUUGUGGAGCGACAGGUGGUGCCGAAGUCCUUGGAGUUUGAUGCCGAGCCCUCUGCGCCAUCCGCUGCGCCGAGCUGGCUGCCGGUUGUCGCGUCGCUUCUGCUGGGCUUGGCGCUGGGCCUGGCAGCGCGGAGCCCUGGCAACGGCCCUCCCAUGGCCGUGGUGGCACCAGCCAGUUCCCAGUCUGAUGCCGUGGUCGAGCAGAAGCCACAAUCGACAACUAGCAAGGUCCUUAAUCAGUUGGAGACCGUCGCGGAGCGGAGGAUUCCGACAGUAGUCAAGGAGGCCCAAAGCGUGGCCGAGAGAGUAAAGACCUCGGUGGCCAUCAUCAACGAGGCCGAGUCCAGGCAGGACCAGCAGAUGAGAUACGACGACAAGCUCGCACAGAUGUACACCGGCCUCAUGGACUCCGCCCGUCAAGCUGGUGCAAAGCUUCAGGACGUCGUGCAAAAAGUUGCUCCCACGGAAACUGGGGCUUCAAGUCGCGUCUCGCCUUCUGUGGUGAAGAAGAUCCGCGACAUAGGUGACAUCUUGGACGAAGCGCAAGCAGAUGUCUACAAGGAGGAGUGGCUGGCACUCAAGGUCACCCCGUCUCUGCUGCGCGCAUACCUGCCGUUGAUGCAAAGCUAUCCUCUAGAUGCCUUCAACGACAACACCGGCGACAAGUAUGUUAAUGCAGCCACCCGUGAGAGCUUGUACUUCUACCAGAUGCAGUUCCGGGUUGGUAUUGAUCGACUUGAGAAGGCUGUUGCGAACCACAAGGUUCGGGAGGUCGAGGAGGCAUUCGCCAAGACCUCACUGUCCUAUGACAGAUACCUGAAGGCUGGUGACCUCUACUCAGGCUACGACCCUGUGACAUCGACGACGGUCUUCUUCCAGAAUGUCAGUGACAGCCAGUUGCAGUACACUCCUGUUGCUUUGUCGCAGCCGCAGAUUCGGGACGAGGUGCUGGUACUUCAAGGUCCCGACAAGGGCAAGGUGGGACGCAUCAUCUGGCUUGGCCGAGAGAAUGAGAAGGACCUGGACAGCAAGGUGCUGACCGCAGUGGUGAAGCUGGAGCCCAACCCCGUACUGGGGCAGUCUCGAAGUGGCGGCGUACGAGAAGUUAAGGCCUACCCUUAUUCGUGGCUGGUGAUGACCCGUGGCAGCAACGAGAGCUACAUCCAGGACUUGGUGCUGGCGACGGCAGCGGCGACGGUGUCCUGCGCGGUGACAUAUCCGCUGGAGACAAUCAAGGCCCGAGCGCAGUCGAAUCUUCCGCCUUUUCCGCCGGAGGGCCCCCAGGUUCUGUUCAAAGGGAUCGAGCUGAACGUGCUUCGGGAGGCACCCAAUGCCGGUUUCUUGAUGGCGGGCUUCAACUACUUCACUCGAUGGGCAGUGGGUCUUCCUUUCGUGAAUGGAAAUGAUCCUAACCUCAAGUUUAUGCUGAUGAUCCCUUCAGGAGUUGUGGCAAUGUGCACGGGCGCAUUUGCCAAGACACCGGUCAUUGACAUCAGCAAGCAGGUGCAAGCCGGGCUUGCCAAGGAUGCCGGGGAAGCUGUUCAGAACGUCUUCUUCAAGCCGACACCAGCGCAGGUGACCAAGAACUUGGGACGAACCUUCAUGCUCACCAUCAUCCGCGGGGUGCCGUUCGGUGCCUUUCAGUGCUUGAUCUAUGAGGUGCUGAAGGAUCGAACGCCGGCUCUACUUGAGAGCAUCGGGGUCCCCAUCUGGUGCGAGCCCUUCAUCUGGGGCGGCGUGGCUGGUUUCCUCACGGGCUACUUGACAAACCCUCCGGACGUCGUCAUGCAGCGCCUGGCCAUCGACGCCAGCUCCAACAAUGAUGACCCGGACAAACCUUUCAGCGUCCAAGAGACUUGGGAGGAAAUCGUGCAGGCGACGCAGAAGAUAUUGGAAAACGAGGGGCCUGCAGGCUUCGCUAAAGGCGGGCUUGAGAACGCCCUCUACUUCUUACCCGAGGCGAUGGUCUGGUUUGGGGUCUACGAGGGCUUCAAAGGUGUGGCAAACAGCGUCUCGCAAGCCUUUUAA